CCCGCCUCAGAGUUUCCGGUUUCCGUUCCCGGCAGAGAAUGGCGUCGCUGUUGAAGGCGGUUCGAGGGUUUUCCUCAGGGCAUACAUCACUUUAUGGGAUUAAAAAUUUACAAUACAAGUCCAGAAGGAUUUUGUGCCAAUUACCUUGCAAGUCAUCAAGCCAGAGGAGAUCAUUCACAAAUAAGAACAUGAAUGUGGAACUGGACAACAACACAGGAGUUGCUGUGAUUAAGAUGAAGAAGCCUCCUGUUAAUAGUCUAAGCCUGGAAUUUCUCACAGAGUUCGCAAUUAGCAUGGAAAAACUUGAGAUGGACCGAGAAUGUCGUGGAGUAAUCCUCACUUCUUCUAUUCCCAACGUCUUUUCUGCUGGCUUGGAUAUCAAUGAGAUGUAUGGGAAGUCACCAGAGCAUACAGGGGAGUUCUGGAGAGCUGUUCAGGAAAUGUGGUUGAAGUUGUACGGAUCUAACCUGGUGACCAUAGCUGCAAUCAAUGGAGCCAGCCCUGCUGGAGGAUGCCUCAUGGCAAUGGCUUGUGACUACCGAAUUAUGGCAGAUAAUCCAAAGUAUGGGAUUGGCCUUAAUGAAACAAAGCUUGGAAUUUUUGCACCAUUCUGGUUCAAGGACACCAUGACAAGUACCAUUGGAAAGAGAGCUACAGAACAUUCUCUUCAACUUGGUCUAUUGUACAGUGCUCCAGAGGCUUUGAAAAUUGGACUUGUUGAUCACCUCGUGCCACAAGAUAAAAUUAUGUCAACUGCUUUGAGCAUCAUGUCAGAAUGGUUGACUAUUCCAGAUCACGCUCGGCAAAUUACCAAGGCCAUGAUGCGGAAGCCAACACUUGAUCGACUUUUGACUCAAAGGGAAUCAGAUAUACAAAGUUUUGUCAAUUUUAUUGGCAAAGAUUCUAUUCAGAAGUCACUUGAGAUGUACAUGGAGAUGCUAAAACAAAGAAAAAGUUGAGUAACUAUGUUGUUAAACAGGGUGUCAUGACUUAUUGGAUAAUGAUUCUAAAGACUCUCUUAAUAUCUAAUUGUAUUUUUCUUUAAUUAUUUCAAGAGAUCUUGGAAUUUUCUGUAAUUUUAUCAAUGAAAAUUUACAUCCUUUUCAAAAUGACUGAAAGACAAAUGGAAUUUGUGUCCAAACCCUUUGUGAUUUAGAAUGCGAAAGUGCCUAAAUCUGCUGCUGUCAGUCUCUUGAUUGUGCAGUUUAAUCAAGAAUAACAAGUAUCUUGUAGAAUGCCUGAGUGCUUUAAUAGUAAUUAAAACAAUAUCUUCUCAGUGUAA